AUCAAGGUGGGAGCAUGGCAGUGUCCAGGCAGGCAUUGUGCAGGAGGAGCUGAAAGUCCUACAUCUUCAUCCAAAGGAAGCUGGGAGCAGACUUUCUCCUCUGUGCCUAUGAGGAAAGUCAUAGAGCCUACCCCUAUAGUGACACACCACCCAUGCCAGCAAGGCCACACCUCCUAAUACAGCCACUCCCUGGGCCAAAAAUAUUCAAAGCACCACCCUGGCCCUGUGUGAGGUGAAGCUUGGUUGCCAGGUGACCAUCCCAGGGCAGCCCCCUCUGUCCACUUGCUAUGCCCACUCAGCAGUAGCUACCCUGAUACUGCUCAUUCCUUGGCCACCAUGUCGAGGCAGCUCAACAUGGACACUCUGCGGCAAAACUUCUGGAAGGAGGAAUAUCUCAAAGAGAUGAUGUUGCGCUACGAAUGGCAGCGCAAAUAUGGGGCUCUGGUGAAGGCCAAGCAGAAGGCUAAGGCUGCAUCCCGUCUGCCCCUCAAACUGCCCACCCUGCAGCCUACGGCCCCAGUCACAGCACCACCUGUCUCCAAAACAGCCCCAUCUAAAGCCCCCAGCCCUGCCUCAGAGCCUCUUUUUCUGUCAGAAAUGUACCCAGUUCCACCUGACACCAAAGCCCUGCUGUACGAAGGCAUCUCCCAUGACUUGCAAGGGCGUUACCAGUAUCUCAACACCCGAAAACUGGACCUGCCAGAGAAGCGCUACCUGUUCCCCAUCACUACCAACUUCACAUAUGGCUGGCAGCUGGGCCCUGCAACAAAGCAAGAAUUGGUGUCCUGCAAGAUGUGCCGAAUUGAGUCAUUCUUCCGUAAGAAUGGGGCCUUUGCAUUCCUGGACCCACGAGAUCUGGCCCUCUGAGCUUGGGCCUGGCAGUGACUUAGGAACCAAAAGAAGAUAUAAGAGGA